UGCUGAUGCUGCUGGUGCUGCUGGUGCUGCUGGUGCUGCUGGUGCUGCUGGUGCUGCUGGUGCUGCUGUUGGUGUUGGUGGUGUUGGUGGUAUGGUGGUGGACGCUGGCGGCCCGUUGGCCGGAGUCGACGACGACGUCUUCGCACAAGCAGCUUCAGCUGUAGCUCCUGUACCAGUUGCAGAAUCAGAGAAACCCUCAUCUACUCCUUCCACCCUCAAGCCGCCAAACCGUGCACGGUCGUCGAAACCGCCGCCGCCCGUUGUCAACCCCCGAAAACGCGCUUCUCGCAUCGAACCUCUCACAGCCGUCGCCAAUACUCCCGAUGCUACCACUACCACUACCUCCGCACCGCAUAGCCCUGCACCACCACCGCCACUACCAGUCGAGCUGGUAGACCCAUUCAAUGGCGAGGAGGAUGACGAGCCAGAAAUGCAGAAGGAAAUCGUAUCGGCUUUCCCGAACCCCUUCCUGCACCGAGCCAAGUCGGUGAGCCAAUCGAGGAGGUCGUCGGAUAUGCUACCGAUGACAGAAGCCCACUCGAACUCCGUGGCCAACAGAGCACACGAAACAACCGAUCGCCGGAAUCGGCAGUCCUUGGAUGUGGAUGCUUUCAAACGGUUGAUGUUGACGGGGCAGAUCAUGCAGGCUCCACCAAUAGCUACCGUCAACGGUAGCAGCAGCUCCAAUGUGUCUCUUGAUAGCCGGCGAUCUGUUUCUGAACCCAUAGUGGAGGGGGCCAAACGCGAUGAGACUGCUGUGAUUGCUGAAUCGACCCCUGGUAUGGCAACGCCAGGAUCUCUCUCGAGAUCUUCGUCUACUCGAGUGAAACCGCCGCCACCAAAACCGCGAACCCGUUCCGGUGGGAAGUCUUCGCUGUCAACAUCCACAUCUCCCUCCCAGACGACUCCAUCGUCCCCCACCGCCACCACCAAUCGGCCCUCUUCAUUCAAAGAGCCUGACAGGCCUCAUCUGCCAGCACCGUUGCCACCUCCACCACCGCCGCUUCUGUCCUCCACGGGGCCCGCUGAAGCGGAGAAGAGACACGCACCUCCAUCCCCGCUCCCACCACCACCACCGCUGUCCAGACGACAGUCUGUUCAGCGGCGAUCACCUGCCGCAGCGGAGAAAAGUGAGGGCAUUAAGACACCUAGAUCGUCAACACCAUUGCCACCACCACCACCUCCUCCUCCCAUGAGGAGGGCAAAGAGCGUUUCGGUGCGCACCACCGUCGGGGCAAGUGUUAAGGACGGACAAUCCCCGACUCAAUCCCCAACCCAAUCCCCGCCGCCUCCACCACCACCUCACCGAAGAUCCAGAAGCUCGAUGGAUGGAUCCGAAAGUGCACAGAGGCCCGAUGUGCACUUGCCGGUGCUAGGUGAAGAAAAGGAACGCGAGGCGAUGGCGUCGAACGAUAUUCUGGUAGACCUACAGAAUUUACAGAGGAAGGUGGACGAACUGCGAAGAAGUUACGUUCCUAAUCUGGAUGGCUGUCUCCCGAUAUAACCAGAACCAGCGCAACAGCAGCAGUAUUUCCUGUAUGUGUGUUUUACAACCGUGUAGGGACAUGAUUGCUUUUUUGUUUGAUGGAGGUUAUUUCUUCAGUAAAUUGUGAAUUGGGUUUUGAUUUCAUGGUUUCAGGAUUGUUUUCUUUCUUUCGUUCUCUUGGGUUUCCUUCUUAAACUUAUGGUUGGGCUAUGGAGUUUUCUGUUUCUGUUUCUUUAGUACCUAUUUCCUUAUUUGGCUUCUGUCUGUCCUUUUACUAUGACAUGUCCGUCAUUGUUUUCGGAGUAGGGGGGGACUCUUCGCAUGGAGUUUGUGAACGCAGCUAGUCCGCCGCACUUCUGGCGCAGAGGAGGUGCUUCGAAAGUACCUACUCCACUUGCCCUUUUCUCUCUCUCUCUCUCUCUCUGUGUGUGUGUUCUUCUCUUCUCUGCUACCUAGGUGCUCGGAGAUUGAUUCAAGCCGUU